AUGAAGGACUGCUGCGCCACCUUCCUGUUCAAUGGUCUAGUUGUCAUAUUAGAGGGAAAGUUGGUUGAUGUUUCACGCCAUGUUAUUACUGACAUCAACAAAGGUAAACUGACAUUUUCUGUUUCAUACAUCAAAACCAGUCAAAUCCACCAGAGGAAAUAUGAUGCUAAAGGAAUGGAAAUAGAACCAAACUUCAGUGAUACCAAAAAGGUCAACACAGGUAAUCUCGUCAUCAUUCAAGGUGGAGGAGAGAUUGACCGCCUCACUGAGGUCCAGCUGGAAAACCUAGUGACCAAGGAGGAUCUGGUGAAUGUGACAGGGAAAAACUGUCCCAGUGGGACCUACACUUUCUGGCACCCAGAGGGAGAGAUAGACAAGAUCGAACUAGAAACAGGCCAGGACAUUCGACUGAAAACCAAAGGCAAUGGUCAAUUCAAAUCUAAUUGUAUUUUUUCCUUGGCCAAAGUCGAUGGAGGCACAGUAACCAAGUGCAAUUUUGCAGGCGACGAAAAGGCAGGAGCAUCGUGGACAGACAAAAUAAUGGCCAACAACUCAGAUGUCAGCAACGAAGUUGGAGGGACAGGGCGUGGGAGCAGAUGA